GAGUGGGUGCGGCAAUGUGCGGCAGGCACAGCAUCUCCCAGCCUCCCUCUCACAAUUUUCAUGGAGCGGGCCGAUGGCAUCAUGAGAGAUGCGGACCAGCCUAGCUGGUUGACAAACAAUGCGCCUGAUGUGAUGGUGAAAGUUUUUGUGGGCGUCGAGGCAUGGACCUCUAAUGUGUCAGCUUUUACGCCAGUGUGGAACGAGCGGCUGUAUCUUCCGGGUCUCCCUGGACGUGACGACCGUGACGAAUUGCGUUUUGAGGUGUGGGACAUCGACCGCACUAGCCCAAACGAUUUGUUGGGCAAUGGCUGA